AUGAAGAGUCUUAAAAGUUUACAAUGCAUAUUUAUGCUAUUUAUUUUAUGCUUUGUGCAUUUGGGCUAUUGUGCACCUCAAAAUAAAGAUAAUGUGACCAAUACCACUAGUAACUGGAGAGUUGAUCAAUCCAAUGACAUUGAAACAUAUUCGGCUUCUGAAAAUGAUGUGACCAAUACCACUAGUAACUGGAGAGUUGAUCAAUCCAAUGACAUUGAAACAUAUUCGGCUUCUGAAAAUGAUGUGACCAAUACCACUAGUAACUGGAGGGUUCAUCAAUUCAAUGACAUUGAAACAUAUUCGGCCGCUGAAAUGUGCAGCAACUACUCGCAGUUAAUUUACAAAUAUAUAAAGGAUUCAACAUUAUCUGAUGAUAAGGAUGUAUUAAUCAAUUGUAAAGAUUGUUACAAUAAUUAUCCAUCAAACAUAUCUACAGUGGUGCCAAAUGUUAACGACGAAAGAGUUGCACCAAGAGAAUUUCUUCACACGGCUUUGUUGGGCGAUAGCAAUGGUAUUUGGCUUUACAGUGGAUCAUUGAUCAGCAACAGAUGGAUCCUGUCUGUGGCGCACUUUGAAAGAAUAUUCUACAAUCUUACGUGCUGGGCACGUCUAAGAGAUCCGAACUAUUCGUCGGAAACCGACGAUGUCACACCAAUGGACUACCAAAUCGAUCAAAUUGAAGUUCACCCAGGUUUUCAAAUGCCAUUAUUGUACAACGAUAUAGCGUUGUUCCAUUUGGACCGGGACGUGCAGUUCUCGUCGUACGUGCGGCCCAUUUGUCUUAACGCAGAUCCAAACUGGCAGUGGAGUCACUCGCAGACUGUGAUAGCACCUGGUUGGGGACGGAUCCAAUACGUUGGACCAUUGAAUGCAUUCAGUUCAGGGCUGUCAAAGGUUAGUUUGGACAUCGUCUCGGCGGAAAAGUGCAAGAGCAAUUACAAAGUUUCGUCUGAUACGCCCCAGUUGAUACACGGAAUAGAUGAAGACAGGAUAAUAUGCGCUGGCGUUGUUGAUAGCUCAGAAGACACUUGUGUGGGCUUUGGUGGCAGUUCUCUUCAAAUUCCGCACGCCAAGUACACGUUCAUGUACACGCAAGUAGGCAUCUCAUCGGCCGGCAAGGAGCGGUGCGCCACGAAAGAUUUCCCAUAUUUUUACACGAGAGUGUCCAAAUAUUUGCCAUGGAUCGAACGAAUCGUUUGGCCCAAGUCUGGCUGA